AUGACCGGCUUACAGCGCAUCCCGCCCAAGGACUCCAGCAGCAACGCUCCAACAGACGCAUGCAGCAACGAGGUCGCCCCCAUAGGCUUCAAUGCCUCGACCUCGCUCGACAAUGCAGUGGUUUUACCCGCUAACGCUGCAAGCACGCUCGGCAACCAACAACAACAGCUACAGCAGCAGCAGCCACUACAGCAGCAGCAACAGCAACAACAGCUGCAGCGACAGUGGGAGCAGCAGCAACAGCUACAACGCAGUUUAGAUGCCCUCUCCAACAAUCCAGGCACCUUUGGCAAACAAGGGCAGUCGUUCACGAACCCCGGGGCCUCCCUCGGGCACUCAACAUUUUUUAAAACGCCCAGGGACGAGGACGCCAUGUUUGGAGCGUCUUCGCACCGCGAAAAUUUUGGCGCGCAAAGCGGCAUCCUCCCUGCCAACGAAAGUUCGAGAGGCCCGAAUUCGGUGGCCGCGCUUUCGUUCGGCGCAACUUCCGGCGGCAAUCACAACAAUCCGGCGACGCAGUGGGACCGCCGCACGCAACACUGCUCUCGCCGAUCUGCACCAGCAGCCUUUCUGGACCACGAAGCCUGGUCCAAGCUCUGGUUCGCGACGCUGGAGGCAAAGUUUGUUCGCGCGGGAAUCUGUGACGAGUUUGUGCGCUUCGAGCACCUAAUGAAAUACCUGUCAGAGGACCUCAUCACCGUGGAGAUCGAAAACAUCAUCAGCACAGCCGCACAGGAAUGUCUGUAUGGAAGCGUCAAGGACUCUUUGCUUAAGGCUUUUACAAAGAGCAGCGAACAAAAGGUCCGGAGGCUCAUCUCAGGCCUGCAGUACGGCAACGGGCCACCUUCACAGUUACUUGCCCAGAUACAGCGGCUGGCAAGCAACCUCGUCAGUCCGGCUUUCCUCCGCCAAGUUUGGCUCGACCGGCUGCCAAUGGAUAUCCGGGUCGCCCUGGCUGCGUCUGAGGAUCAGACCGACGGCAAAUUUGUGGCACUCGCCGAUCGUAUCUGGGGGAUACAGUCCACCCGCCAGGGGCAGAUUUUCGCGCUGUCUUUGGCGGUGCCAAGCGACGACACGCUCGAUGACCUCAAGAAGAAGCUCGAGGAGCUGGCCGCUUGUGUGAGGAAGCUGUCGCAGCGACAGCCACGCGGCAGAUCCCGCAACCGCGGCCCCGCCCGACGUCGCCGGGACAAGCCUAAUAACGAUGGGCCCGAUUCCUCUCCGACCGGCGACCUGUGCUGGUAUCACCAGGAGUUCGCCGAGAAGGCCCGCCACUGCAUGGCGCCGUGCUCCUGGGAAAAAAAACUGAGCUCAUUGCCUGAGGACGCGACGACCUCAGGCAAUGCUGUUAACGCUCUAUAUCGUCGUCUUUUCAUGCAUAACAACAAAAGCAACUUGCCUUUACUGCUCGAUACGGGCGCGAAACGGUUCGUGGUGGCGGACGUCCCCUACGGCAUCCUCGGCUUCGACUUUCUAAGGCAGCACGCCAUUUCUAUCGACCCGUCGUCUUCGUCACUCACGCACAACGUCACGGGGGACCGCUGCGAGACACGUACGGGCGCCGCGCCGCUGUUCAGCAUCGUGCUUCCAAACACCGUGACCAGGCUGCUGGACUCAUUUCCGUAUAUCACGGGAAAGGCACCCCCGCAGCCGUCCCAGGGCUCAACCACAUACCACCACAUCAUCACCACGGGCCCUCCAGUUGCACAGCCAGCCAGACGGCUCGCGCCCGACCGACUGAAGGAGGCUCGGCGCAUCUUCGACGAGCUGAUCGCCCAGGGCCAUCCGAUCUCACGGCUUGAGGAUUACCCGGCCAACCUUCACGAAAAAACCAUCUUCUCCAAGAUCGAUCUGCUGAAGGCUUUCAACCAAAUUCCAAUAGCCGAAGAGGAUGUACCCAAAACAGCCUUCAUAACGCCCUUCGGGCUGUUCGAAUUCACGGUGAUGAUGUUUGGAUUCAAGAACGCCGCCCAAACGUUCCAGCGUAAAAUUAACAACGUCCUACGUGGGCUGAACGCAUUCCCUUACAUCGACGAUAUCCUCAUCGCAUCUGAGCACGGCCUGUGCGUGAACUUGGAGAAGUGCGUCGUCGCCGUGGAAAAGGUCAAAUUCCUGGGAUAUGAGGUUUCUGCCCAGGGUUCAAGACCCCUACCCGAUAAAGUGCAAGCCGUACUGGAGUUCGCCCUGCCCACAACGCUCUUCAGCCUGCGGCGUUUCAUCGGCAUGGUCAACGCCUACCGGCGCUGCCUCAAGGACGCCGCAGUCCACCUCGGCCCGCUGCAUGCGCUCCUCAAGGGCGCUAAAAAGAAGGACAUGCGGCCAGUGCAAUGGGACGAGGCCUCUUCCGCGGCGUUUCAGGCGUGCAGAUCGUGCCUGGUAAACGCAGCCAUGCUGGCCCACCCCCGCCCUUACGCGCAGCUUCGUAUCUCCACAGAUGCCUCCGACACCAAAAUGGGAGCCGUACUGGAGCAGCUCGACGAGAGCUGGCAACCUCUGGGUUUCUUCUCGAAGCCAUUAUCCGCUACCGAGCAACGCUACUCGGCAUACGACCGUGAACUAACGACUCUUUUCACAGCAGUCAAGCAUUUCCGGGGAAUAGUGGAGGGAUAUCCGCUGACCUUGCGCACGGACCACAAACCGCUCACCCACGCUUUCAACCAGAACACGGAGAACGCAGCGCCGUGA